CCACAACAUUCACUGACAAUAACUGAGACCGUCGCUAUCCGUGAUUUAUUGGAAUUUAUUUCAACUGAUGAGUUUUUUGUGUGUUUUAAAUUGAUGUUUACAUUUCACCUGGAUACGAUUGAUAAACAUUUGUUUUCAUCGGACCCAUUGAAACCUGUAUGUGCAAUUUGUGUUCCCAUACCGAGCUAAUAAAAGGAAAUAACUUGAAAUUAUUCCAAAAAUAUUUCUGAAUGAAAAUCUUGAGUGAAACGUAGACACUUGACAAGAUGUCAAACCUGGAGAUAUCCGUGAGAAAGCUUAGUUGAGCACCAUCAGUGACAGUCGUCAGGACUGCGUGCCGUCAGAUUUCACCCAAGGACAAAUCCUUCACAUUCCGAUCGUGUUUUAGAGAGGAUUGAACAAAUCGCCUUCAAGCUUCGCAGCUGGCUGGGCAAACAUUGUUCACAUAGCUGUCAAACGGAUCUUUGUUUCACUAAGCCGAGCUAGACAGCUCGGAAUGAAUGAGUUGCCGGCUCUGUUUGUGAGGACACAUUGUGCCUGAGAGACUUUGUCAUUGAGGAAGCUUCACCCUGUGUGUCUACUCUAAAGAGUAAUUAACUUUUUUUGAUUGAUCAGAAGUCCACUUACAGUCAGCGCGGUUAGCUUAAUCUGAAACUUUUUAAAAAUAGAUACCUACUCUCCAAAAGACCGCAAUGGGUCGCAGAGCUGGUACCAACAGUUCCCCCGUUGACAGCGCAAUGGCGCGCUACUACAACGACGUGGGCAGCCGGCUAUCCGGCGUGUUUAUGCCCACAUCUGAGGCCGAAAAAACUCUUUCCGAUGACUUUUGUAUGCUGACCCUUGACACCCGCAGCUGGAACCGAGUACGGAACAGUCGUGCAGGUACGUCAGCCAUGACGAACUGCGCCCACAAGUCCCAGAUGAACUCAUCCAAUCGUAGCCUGCGCUCGACGACUUCCUCCGGGGUGAGCUCACUGUCCAGCUCGCACAGCGGAAACGAGAAAACCCCCAAAGGUAAGAUGCGCCUGGUGGACAAACUCACACGGGCCCUCUUCCAGAAAAAACAUAUGUGCUCCCGCUGCAAUAAGCGAAGCCGCACGUGCCUUCCAAAUAAGACUUUUACUCACACGGAAAAGCACUACACGUGCGCGUCGUGCCGCGAGCAGACCCAAGCUGUCAGGACACUUUUCAAGCAGCACGACCGCGCCACGACCUCGACGCUCCCACCUUCAGACUCCGUCUCGGCGGUUCCAACACAACAGAACCAAGAACGGACGGAACCCCAAACCCGCACACACAACACAGACUCCGGCUACGACACGGCGACGUCGUGCUCCACUCUGGCCUCAGCUUAUUCGGCCUUCAACAGCCCCGUGAACACCGUCAAGUCAACGGCUGGGGUCAGGAAGGUCAAGGACGAUUUAGUUUGGGAGAGGACAUCUCAAAACGGCGAUGAUGAGAAUUCGACCACGCAGAUGAACCACCGAGAACCUGUGCAGGACGCCCACGCGGGAAGAAGCCCGCAACUGUCCGGUGAACUGUAUCAACUCUUGGGGGUCGGCCAUUCUCAGACAUCUGGUGUCUUGAGACAGGUCAGACCGAGACUCGUGCACAACUACGACGGCUAUCUCCCCGAGGUUGACUUUGAGAACUUCGAAAAAUGUGACGUCAGAUCUGCAUUGCCCGAUGCUGGGACAUUUGAAGGCCGCACCGUCGACGGUACUGCGUGUGAUCUCACGGCAAACGACGGCCGCGUGGGGUCGAGUCUCGGCUGUAAGGUUUGUCACAUAUGCGGGUCUGCCGAGAAGCCCAGUUUCAGGCUCCCGUUGGUAGGAGGAUGGCUCUGUGAAGACUGUCUCGACGUUGUGCACUGAGACAUGGCUCUGUGAAGACUGUCUCGACGUUGUGCACUAAGACAUGGCUCUGUGAAGACUGUCUCGGCGUUGUGCACUGAGACAUGGCUCUGUGAAGACAAAGACCUUCAGGACAAACUUAAAAUAGCUCAAGGAUAUUAUUCAAAGUUUACGACUUCAAGCCUGAGAAACAAAGCAGAGUGUAUUUCUUGGAAUUGCUACGGUAGUCUUCAUUAAAGACGUCAUUAUCAUUUUUUUUUUUUUAAAAAGGUGACUCUUAGCGAGCUCGUACCAAAGUGACAUUUUCAAACAUUUCCCAAAAGGGAUAUUUACUGGACGAAUGGUGUUACAAACGCAAACAUUUUUUUAAAAUAUCAUUUAUUGUGUAAUAUUUUGAGUUGCCUUAGAUAUGGAUAAUUGUAAAUUGCUUGGUGUUUUGAAUUCAAAAUGUAUAGGCCUAAACUGUGAUUCGGCCCUGUGUGCACAAAUAGCCCAUGACAACGACCUCUAGCUCAGAGAACAGUAAACUUCAGACCACGUGUGACGACCCGGUUGUCUAAUCUUGGUGGUGAUCAGACGCAACAAGUCCUUGCCACUCCUUGCAUUCCUAGCAUACCGUCCUUUAAUAGGCGAUUUGUCCCGUAAUAUUGGACCAGCCCUCCCCCUUCACCGUACUAACCACCAAACGAUUGGUGGACUGACAGGGCCGUUUGAGGGAAAUAUUGAUUGAUUUCUGCCUGAAUUUAGAACAGCUUUCAUUGAGUCCUCGGCCUACACCCUGCACUUUUAAAGUUUACUAUAAUAUUAGACUUGAUUAAACACGAAAAGCUUUUGAAUAUAAUUUGGGAACUUGCAUUAUUUAAAUAUCAAAUUGUGGUUACCGUAUCACGUUUGCAUUAUUCUAAUAUUAAUAUCAAAUUGUUGUUACCGUAACAUAAUUG